GUUGGGAAAAAUUCCUCCAGCUGACAACAUUGAUUCACAAACUCGUUGCCAAAAUUUUCAAACAAGUGUUUGUACUUUUACACUUUUACGCUGGCUAAUUCUAAUAUCACUGAUAUGACGGAAGAGGAUGCGGCGGAUCUACAAUUUCCAAAAGACUGUUCACUGAGUCCGAGAGACAGAUUUGAGCAUGACACAGAACUUGAGAUGUCAGUCCUGAAGGAUGAAAUUCUUACUUCAGAUCCCAUGUGCCAUGUGUGUAAAUCGAUUCUUGUGGAGCCAUAUAUUCGUUGCGCCAUGUGCAACAACGUUGAGAUAUGUCCCCCUUGCUUCGCCAAAGGUUGUGAGAUCAAUGAACAUAAGAAUGAUCACGAUUACGUGAUUAUAAAAAACGAAUUUCCUCUGAUUGAUGGUAGCGGUUGGAUUGCCAAGCAGGAGCUCGAGUUGCUGGACGUCGUACAGCAAUGCGGUUUUGGAAAUUGGGUCGAUGUAGGACGUAGGAUACAAGGAAAAACUGCGGAGGAAUGUAAGAUGCAUUAUCUGCAACAUUACAUAAACAAUCAAACUCUACCGGGCUUGCCAAAGAUCAAGGAUAUCAGAGCCAGCUUAUUCGCUUGCGAACCGAUUCCCUACCUAUAUAAGUUACAAGAUGUAGAAGAGCCGCCUAGAUUCGCUCCGAAUACGAUUAAUGCCAAGUUAUUGGCUGGGUACAACGCGGCUAGGUCCGAUUUUGAAGUAAAUUUCGAUAAUCAUGCGGAAUCGUUGGUGGCCAAUCUCGAAUAUGACGAAUUCCAACCGAACGACGACGAAUAUGCAUUAGGACAGGCUUUGCAGACGGCAAUAGUGCAAGCAUAUAAUAACAGGUUGAAGGAGCGCGUGAGGAGACGGAGGAUCGUACGCGAUCAUGGACUAAUCAUUUUUCGCAAGACUAUAUCAUGGACACAAAGAUACGAGAACACAAUAACGCGAUCACUUGUAGAGAGAUUGCUAAUAUUCAUGCAGCUCGUGGAUGGAAUGGAAUUUGACUUUCUCAUGGAGGGUUUGCACCGCGUUGGCGAAUUAAAAAAUCGGAUCAAUAGACUUCUGGAGUUCAGGGGAAACGGACUCAAACACUUUCACAGCGUACCAAUGUUUCAGAAGUUGAGCAAAAUAAGACAAGAUAACGAGCGGGAAAGAAAACAGUACAUGAGCAAUCCGGAAUACAGUUGGAGAAGUCUAUUACCCGACGCUGGUUGCAACAGUCCGAUUCUCGGAAACAUGCAACGCAAGUCUGCGCCUCCUCUCGCAAUAAAGGGUCUACCGGGAUACGAGAAGUUGAGCGCCGACGAGAGAGAGCUCUGCUCCGUCGCGAGAGUAGUCCCCGCUAGUUACUUAGACUUUAAGCAUCUUCUGAUAACGGAAAACAAGAAAAGCGGCUAUCUUAGAUUAGCGCAGGCCCGUAUUCUCCUGAAAAUCGACGUGAACAAAACGCGAAAAAUAUAUGAUUUUUUGGUUGAAAAUGGAUACAUUAAUAAACCGGCUCAAUAAUAUUUAGUUUUUUAAAUUGAUAUGAUGCAGAAAAUAUGUAGCACUCGAUAUGUAGAUACUGUGAUAUUAUGAAUUAAGCCAGAUGUAUCAUUGUUUUAAGAAAGAUUUUGCAUUUUAGAAAAAAUAGCUUUUUUAGAGUGUCCAAGUUUUGUACGCAUAUUUAUAUUAAUGUUUUUUUAUUUUCUUUUAAAGAAAUUAUAAUUGCUAUUAUUUUAAAUAUUACAAAAAUUAAUCAGUAAUCCAUGUUCUUCAACAAUCAAUCAUGUAGUAAUUGACAAUAGAUUGCAAUAAUAUAAUUAAAAUAUUUCUUUUUAAAAGUCUUGACUAAAAUUUGUGAAUAUUAAUGAUCGUAAUAAGUAGAUGUUAAUAUAAUGUGAGAGUUUUUUAAUGAUAUGUUAUUAGCAAAUGUGUUAUACUUUAUAUUUUUUAAAUUUUUUAAUCAAAUAAAAUAUUUCUAGCAAU